AUGUGUCCACAUGCAAUUGCCUACGAUAUUGCCACACAACUAGCUGACAAUUGGCAUAAUGGCGAUGGAGCAACUGGUUUAUGGUCAGACGGUGGACCUGCUAUAUGGUGGCCAAGUGGAGUCGGCCUAUGGACAUUGGCGGAAUUUUUCCACGCUAUGAGUGGUAGAGCCACGGAUAAACUCUAUCUGGCCACACGAUGGGCCGCAAUCGAAACAGCGAAAAAACAAAAUAAUUAUAUUCAUACUAAAUUCACGGAUGAUCAAGCUUGGUGGGCGAAUGGUGCACUGCGUCUUGAGCAAUAUGUUCGAUCGAUUGGAGACUCGACAGAAGAGUUACUAAAUGCUGCACAAGCUGUGAUUAAUGAUAAUAUAGCUCACGAAACGGAACAAUGUGGUGGCGGAAUCUUUUGGUAUUAUGGAAAACCACCUCCGUCUGUAACUGAUAAAACGACGAUCUCGAACGUCCUAACAAUCUAUACAAUGGCAACGAUGUAUUCCUUCACACAUGAUCCAAAUUUACUUCAAGGAGGUCCACAUGGUGGUGCAAUUGAUAUCUAUAACUGGUUAGUUUCGACGGAUUUACUCAAUCCACAAACAGGUUACCAACGAGAUACUCUCGACACGGCCGACGGAAAAUGUCAAUUGCGCGGUGGUUCUUUAACUUAUGAAUACGGUGUGCUCGUACAAGCACUCAUAGCACUUGCUAAUGCAACAGGCAAUCAGGAAUAUAUUGCUCAUGCAAUGACUUAUAUUCGCAAUGGUAUUCAUCAGUUUACACGAAAUAAUAUCGUUUUUGAGAGUUGCGAUGAUACGAAUACAUGUUCAGGUGACCAAAUUGCUUUCCGGGGAAUAUUCUAUCUUGGUCUUGCACGUCUGUACGAAUAUACGCGUGACAACACAAUUGCUCAAGUUAUCGAAGCGUCCUAUUUAGCUAUGCUCUCGCGCAAAGUCGGUAGUCGUUAUCCAUUGUCUUUAAUCAAUAAUAAUAACAAUUUUACUGGUAAUGAUCUAAUCGUUGUCACUAUCGGUGAUCUUAAUCUUGCAUCAGCAAUGAUCAAAGUAUACAAGUAUAAGUAUGCACCACCUGUAGUACCAAAUAUCGAUGCAGCAGUGAAUGGAUUAUUACCAUUCAAUAUCACUCAUCAAGGACUAACCGGAUGUGUAUGCGAUGAUUUCGGUUGUCCAACGGGUCAUUAUAUGCAAUGCUUUGUCGAUUCAGGACACAAGGAUUCUACCGGUGGUCAACAUUGGAAUGAGAAGGCAUCGAAACUUUUUUGUCUAUACAAAAUUCACAGGUGUCAUUCUAAAGGUGCUGGCCAUAGUGACUGGUUAAAAACAAGUCUAUGGUAUGUUGGUGACGAAUGGAAUGAUAAAGUCGAUUCGAUCAAUAUCGAUUACUGA